AUGACUCAGGACGAGAUCAAACGCCUCACGGGCAAGCUUACGAGACAAGAAGAGCGGAUCGACGAGCUCAGAGACAUCCACCGACUGGAGUCCAAGUCUCAAUCGGACCAGAUCGAUAAGCUUAAAGCCCAGAUCGACGAAGCAGAAGCUCUCCUGAAGGCAACCCAAUCUUCCACAACGCGUGCUGAGGAAGAGUCGGCGAAGCGCAAAGCCGAGAUUGAACGCUUGCAAACAGAUAUGGACCGUAUGAAGGGCGCUGUCAAAGACGAGGAGGAGAAGCGCGUGAAGGCCGUGGGUCUCUUGAAGACAGUGCGGCAGAAGCUCGUGAAAGCAGAGAAGGACCGGGACGAUGCGUUGAAGGAGAUCCUGGGCGUCAGAGAUCAGGGCAAAGGAGAGUUGGAGAAAGAGCGCGCAGAGAAGGCAGAGUUGAAGCGCGAAGUUGAGCGGGCAAAUGCAGAACGGGAGACGGCUCUCAGCGGUCUCAAGGCUCACUUCGACAAAGAGGUAGCUACUCUGAAGGAGAGGCACGAGAGGGAGCUGGCCGCGAUGAAGAGUCAGUUCGAGCUUGAGGCCAUCACGACGAAGACAUCGUUGGCGAAGGACAUCGAGAACCGGGACUCCCGGAUCGUGAAUCUUCAGAGUCUGGUUCGCUCAUUGGAAGGGGAGAAGGACGAGUUCUUCGACCAGCUGCAACUGCGGCAGGCAGAGUUGGAGUCGUCGCGAUCUCGUCUAGAGUCGCUUGAGGGCCAGACGACCGAAUUCCAGUACCAGCUCCGCGAAGCCACCGAUCGCGUCGCUCUCCUAACGGAAGAACUCUCGGAUGCUCGUCGAGAGCAGGAGACGAAAGCUCUCAACAUUGGUCCCUCCGCCGAGGAAGUAUCUCGGUUACUCUCCGCUGCUGAGUCCAAGUACGAAGCACGCAUCAGCGAUCUGCGCAACAGGCUGAGCACCGUUGAGCGGGAGCGGGAAGAAGGCGAGGCGCUGUGGAGUCGGAAAUUGGCGGAUAAGUCUCGAGAACUGGAUUCUCUGAGGGAGAUACUCAACUCGUCAGCGAAGAGCCGAGAGCAGGAAUCCGAGAAUGUGGGAACUCUUCAAGAAGAAAUCGAUAGGCUGAGGGAGGAUGUCCGAGUGCAUCAGCUACGUAUAUCUGAUAUGCGUGCGCAAGCCGACAGGGCUGCGGAAUCUGAGGUACGUUUGAGUUCACAGAUUUCGGACCUCAAUGCGAGAAUCAUUGCUCUACAGCAACUCGUUGAGGAAGGCAAAGCAAGAGAAGCCCAAUUGCGCGCGAACAACAAGACCUUGCGUGACGAGCUCCGCAAAGUCCAAUCGUCUGCAGCGCUCCUCGAACGGCAGCGAAACCCGGGUGUGGGUUACUGGGCUUCGCGGCAAGAUGUUUCCGGCGAACGUUCACCGAGGUCGUCCAUGGAUGGUCGCGAUAGUCCAUCCAGACCUAGCUCGCCUGCUCUCUCACAAUCUGACGAGGAGCUCAACAUCGAAUACCUGCGAAACGUCAUCUUGCAGUUCCUGGAACACAAGGAAAUGAGGCCACAUCUUGUGCGCAUUUUGUCUACGAUUUUGAGGUUUACUCCGCAGGAAACGAGACGACUCGUGUCCAAAGUGUGA